AUGCACCGAGGAACCGGUCUCAUGCGUGCCAUUCCCCGGAGUGCCACCAAGGCUCGCCGGGCGAACAGCGCCUUGCUCAACGCUACCCGCACCCUUGUCAGUGCCGCCAAGCCGGCAGUCCCGGCUGUCGCAGCCAAGUCGAGCUUGCCUCGAUUCACCAAAAACCAAGUCGAUCAACCCCGAUCGUACGCCACUGAGGCCAAAGCUCAAAUUGGUCAGAUCAAAACAGUCAUUGGAGCCGUCGUGGACGUUCAAUUUGACGGCGACAACUUGCCCCCGAUCCUCAAUGCCCUCGAAGUUCAAGACUUCGGCCAACGAUUGGUGCUUGAAGUAGCUCAGCACUUGGGUGAAAAUACCGUCCGAACCAUUGCCAUGGAUGGUACGGAAGGUUUGGUUCGUGGCCAAAAAGUCAUCGACACUGGGGCUCCCAUUCAAAUCCCAGUCGGUCCUGAGUGCUUAGGCCGUAUUAUGAACGUGAUCGGAGAGCCGAUCGAUGAACGUGGUCCAAUCAAAACAAAGACCAUGAUGCCCAUUCACGCUGAACCCCCGGAGUUCAUCGACCAGUCCACCAUCCCCGAAGUCUUGGUCACCGGUAUCAAGGUCGUCGAUCUCCUUGCUCCAUACGCUCGUGGAGGAAAGAUUGGUCUCUUGGGUGGUGCCGGUGUCGGCAAGACUGUAUUCAUUCAAGAGUUGAUCAACAACGUAGCCAAGGCCCAUGGUGGUUACUCCGUCUUCUGUGGUGUCGGUGAACGAACACGUGAAGGUAACGAUCUUUACCACGAAAUGAUCGAAACUGGUGUAAUUCAGUUGAACAACGACAAGAGCAAAGCCGCCCUUGUCUUUGGACAAAUGAACGAGCCCCCGGGAGCUCGUGCCCGUGUCGCUUUGACCGGAUUGACUUUGGCUGAGUACUUCCGUGACGAAGAAGGUCAAGAUGUACUCUUGUUCAUCGAUAACAUUUUCCGAUUCACCCAGGCUGGUUCCGAAGUAUCUGCCCUGCUCGGUCGUAUCCCUUCUGCCGUCGGUUAUCAACCCACCCUCUCCACUGAUAUGGGUGGUAUGCAAGAGAGAAUUACCACCACACGGAAAGGAUCGAUUACCUCAGUACAAGCUGUCUACGUGCCCGCUGAUGAUUUGACUGAUCCUGCUCCGGCCACCACCUUCGCUCACUUGGACGCUACCACCGUGCUGUCCCGAGGUAUUUCGGAAUUGGGUAUCUACCCAGCCGUCGACCCUCUUGACUCAAAAUCCCGUCUUCUCGACCCCCGAAUUGUCGGACCAGAGCACUACAACCUCGCUACUGCCGUCCAAAAAUUGUUGCAGGAUUACAAGGGUCUUCAAGAUAUCAUUGCCAUUUUGGGAAUGGACGAACUGUCUGAAGAUGACAAGCUUACUGUCGAGCGGGCACGAAAGGUUCAGCGAUUUAUGUCCCAACCAUUUGCUGUCGCUGAGGUCUUCACAGGUCUUGAAGGCCGACUUGUCCCCUUGAAGGACACCAUUGAAUCGUUCAAGGGUAUCCUCGCUGGUCAACACGACCACUUACCCGAAAGUGCCUUCUACAUGGUCGGUGCCAUCGAUGACGUCAAGGCCAAGGCUGAUAAAUUGGCCGCUGAAAUGAAAGACAACUAG